AAAAUUCAGGGAUUUCUGUUUUCAUUGCAUGUCCUUCGAUCCUAUGGCUCACAAGAGAACACAAUCAAACAGGUAGUCAUACGUAACGGAAACACUAUACUCAACUCAUGCAGGUACUUCGUUUUUCCAGAAACACCUUCCCAUCCUUCGUUCGGCGAACAAAUUUCCGUAUCCGAAGUACUUCGGCUGACUAUUGCGUGCUAGCUCGCCACCAGGACGCAAGGAUGGUGACACGACACCUAUACACACCCCCAACAAACAACACAACACUCAUCACGUGACGGCGGGUGGACUCCCGCCCACCCCAUUAGCUCUCCAACCUAAUGAUGGGGUAUGAUGGCAAAUGGGUUUAUUUGUGGUGUCCGUCCAGUUCGGUACCAUCGCUUGACCUGUGCGGGCGGAGACAACUUCAAAUGUGGCCGAGUAAGACCAAGAGCGAAAAAUCAAUCGUAGAGUUUGGUCUCUGAGUUGGACAACAGCGCAAAAAUGAGGUUCCCCGAAAUGUUUGCAGUUUUGGUAUCGUUGGUCUUCACGGACUUGGAGAUUACAGCAGCCGAACGACCCAGCUUUCGGAUACUGGCACCGGAGUUCAUCUGUGGUCCGACAAAGCCGACGAACUUGAGCGACGAAACCGGAAGUGUCGUAGCAGUGCCUCAGCAGAUCACCAUAGGUCUGCAAACCAAGGGAGGUCAGAGGUUGCACUAUGACGUGACGGUGCAUUUCGAGCUGUUGAACGGUAUCGUGAGUCAACGUCACACGCUACUGCUGUGGAAGAGCGUUCGUCAGCUGGAGAAACGUUUUAAGGCGGAACGCGAGGCCAUCUCGGACGGCAAUCAGAUCAUGAUUCCCAAUGAGGAUUUGGUGCCCGGGGUGGGCUACACCUUCAACGUGGUAGCCGUUGACCAAGCGGGGACCCGAAGUCAGGAUCAGAACUUCACGGUGACCUACCCGGGUAAGAAUGCUCGGGCUGCGUUGGUUCAGGACGGUUCGUCAUCGGCUGGGGAUGUAUCGUUGCUUCUGUUGGGAUCCGAGGUGACCUACCCGGAUGUGCCGUUCACCGUAACGGCAAAGGUUAUCUUCUGUCGGCCUAGGAAUGACUACAAGUUCCACUGGACCGUACAAGGGCUGGACGAAGCCUCCGGCGUGUUGAAGACCAAUUCGGAUAUCCUGGAAAUCCCUGCCGGUAAUCUAUCGCCCGGCAAGACCUACAACAUCGCUGUAACGGUGGUUGAUUCCGCCGCUGGAAACAGCAUUGUGGCAGCUACGAUGAAACUAAGCGUUCUGAAACGCGACUUGAAGGGUGGUGUAUUUCCAACAGAUGCAACCGCAGGGUUUGCCCAAACCAUCGUAAUACGUACCUUGUUUAACGACAGGCAGAUAUCCAACGAAAACUGGAAAUGUGAAGAUUCGACUGGUGACGGAGGUUGUUCGGAAGAUUUGCUCAUUUCGAAUAACAGCGCCACGAUUUCAUUCCUCAAGGAAUCAAAGUAUAAGAUAUCAGCUUCGGUUGGAGACGUCCGACUCGAUUCCCACAUACAGGUUAACUCCAAGUCAACCGUAUCGGUGGUUCUACAAUCGAUGCCCCCAAUGUAUCUACUACUCGGUCAACGUUACGAAAUACCGGUUGAUGUGAGCGGGUUGUUUCCGAAGUGCACCAGUAACUGGACUGUCGUGAAGCAAGAUGGGUUCGCGUACUUGGACCCCUCUACGGUCGGCGGCCUUGGAGGUGUCCAGAUCAACGACAUAGAGGAGAACUUUCUCUCGGAGUUGGUAGAUUACGGGAACGAUACGGUGACCCGUGAAGUCUCGUUGAUCAUUCCGGCGUCUGCACCUAAAUGGGACGGACUGGCUCCUGAUGCUUCGUACAAGUUCCGAUUGGUUACGACAUGUCCGGAGCCCAUCGAUGACAGCGUUGAUACGAAGGCUCCACGUGGAACAGUCACGAGCCACUGGGACAUGAUCUUGGAAACGAAUGCGCCACCGAAGGGACUUCCUCUGGAAGUAACUCCGAUCGAAAACGGGACAGCUCUUGGGACGUUUUUCACGUUCUCCACCGGAGUGGCCAAGGAACGAGAGUCAGAUUACCCCCUCGUGUAUUCGUUCGGGUACUCCGUCGAAGGGAACUCGAUCGGUUUCGCUAGCUAUUACGAAGUGAUGUCCGCUGAAACUCAGUUGCCGUACACCAGAAGUGGCGUAUCCACAUUCUACGAAGUAUGUGACUCACGAAAUGCGUGCUCUCGAAUCGAUGGACCUAAAGUAAUGUUGCUGCCUAAUCCGAAUCUUAGCCAAGCAGAUCUAGAUCAUCGUGUCGAUGCUAUCGAGAAUAGUUUCCGGCGUGGUAACAUUAUCGAGGCAACAAAGAUAGCGUUCGACGCUGUUGUCACGCUGAAAAACCAAGACUCGAAACACUUCAACGACUUUUACACCAAGGUGAUGCUGCUCAUGGAAACCAAGACGCCCGAAGUUCAGAAGGAUUUCGUCGAACGGUCUCGGUACCUUUCAGCGUCCACUGUUCUACAGUACGCAAAGCAGGUUAAGGUCCUCGUCGACUUCGGGAAUCACGGUUCUCACCUCCUAGGUCCGUUGCUAGAAUUGAUAGACGCCGUUGAGCAUGGCCCUGCUCGCGAAAGUCGCGAAGUUCAUCCGGCACCUUCGGCGAACACUGCGGAGGUCAAGUUGGACCUCUACGAAAGCCAGAUACUCUCCGCAGCAAAUGUGUCGGAAGCGAAGCAACAACUCUUGAGCUAUAUUCCGACGGCAACCGAGCAGUUCUGCAGCAACAAGCAACGAGGGUAUUCCGGGAGAUUGAUCAGUCUGGACGUGAUGAGAUGGAGCGCAGCGUCCAAGAGCCCACUUCAGGACGGUGUUCGGAUUCCAGAUAAUGCGAGUAGUUCUGUGCAUGCGAUCUUGAAAACGUCGGACGCAUCAAUUGGAACGAGUUCGGCGAGCGGCGUAGCAUACUACUGCUUGGGUAAGAUAUGGUUCCGGUCGGAUCUGCUGACGUCGGAGCCGAUGGUGGAAAUGUAUCAAGCCCUGCUUGUGGCGGCAGACAAAGGUGGAAGCUGGAAACAAGCUGACUGGAAGGAUGGCAAGUUCACGUGGAAUGCUUCGCUGCCUGCGGGGAAUCACUCUGGAAACUAUAAGUGUGAGCUGUUGACUAAGGAUCUGAAAUGGGAUACUAAUCUGUGCAACAGUUCUUCGGAUGGCGAUUCGGUUCAGUGCAGCUGUAGUCAGAUGAGUUACCUCAGGAUAACAUCAAAAGGUCUUGUCGAAGUUACUACGACUGCAACCUCAUCAACAACUGAAGUCGUCACACCGCCAUCUGCCCCGGCAACCUCGUCGACAACAGCGAUUCAUCCAGAGGAAACUACACCUGGCACAGAUGUCCUAACAUUUGCGCCGUUGCCCACCAAUCCUACACCAAGCACGCCUCCAACAAGUACCUCGGCAUCACCAUCUCCUAGCACCAUCCCUUCCGCGACAUCACCAUCCGUUCAGAACACGUCAGCCAUCCCAUCACCAGCCACAGCUCAAUCUCCCACGACUUCAACAGUCAACACAACCACCACCACUACAAUACAGAGCCCAACCAACCCGAACGCGACCACCAUCCAGCAAGCCGAUCACCUACACCAGCCCAACAUCACCCGAAGUGCCACCAUCGGAGGCGGAGGAGCCGGACCCCUCGAGUACUCCAUCAUCGGUGCCCUGGUGCUCUGUGCCGGUCUAACCGGGACUGCGUUGGUUCUCUAUCGGCGCCGUCGGCACACCACCUCGCUGACCGAGGAACUGCAGGACAUUGCCGCCCGGGUUCGAUCGCAUUCGUUGCCGGUGCGGUACGCACGGUUCCAGGACGAACACAACAUGGGCGGGGACAAUGUGUCCACAAUUUCGGAUACGAUUACGAUCUGAAGCGGGGUGGGGACUGCUUGAGAACUAUUAGGAGGGAUCAAUUUUAUUUGUAGCUGUUCUAUGUUGUUCUGUGAUGUAAAGUAUCUUUGGGGAAACUAAUUGUAUUUGAAUGUUUGAUUGUUUACAAUGUUUAAAUGUACAUGUGUUAAAUGUAAUAAUAUUAUCGUAAUAAAAUGUUAUUUCUAUCUGUUAAGAUAGAUUUGUUGAGAAACUGGCAGCACUGAAACGGUUGGAU